UCAUAUUUCCUAGUUUGCGCGCUUGUGCUUCAGCCAGUCAACUCGCUUGUUAUUCAAAAUUCUAUUUCAUAGCGGAGAAUAAUACCGAAAAUCAUCAUGACUACGCUUCCUAUGAACCCAAAACCAUUCUUGAAUUCAUUGACUGGGAAACCUGUCAUCGUGAAACUGAAAUGGGGAAUGGAAUAUAAAGGAUAUCUCGUGUCUGUUGACGGGUACAUGAACAUGCAACUAGCAAACACAGAAGAAUACGUUGACGGGGCUUUAUCAGGACAUCUCGGAGAAAUAUUGAUUCGUUGUAAUAACGUACUUUACAUCCGGGGAGUAGAAGAAGACGAUGAAGAAGGAGAAAUGAAAGAAUAAUCCUCCCCAGGGAAUCCCCAUUUUGAAGAUCGAUAUUUGUGGACUCCGAUACGAUUGAAUAUUUUCCACAAUCACAAACUCUCUCACACUGCUAUAGGAGCUCUUGAUGACGUGAUGAUUGGGCAGCACGCCUUAAAUAUUUGUCCUAUUUUUAUUUUUUCAAUACCCCCUGGGACAUUUAUCGAAUAUUUUCAGAAAUCUGCAAUUUGAACAUCACUUGUUAAUCUGUCAUAGCUUAUGUAAACAGGCCCAUUAUUAUAUGGAAUUCUGUGCUCCAGAUGUAUGCACACCAAGAUGUCACACAACCUGAAUCCUAGCAGGUACACACAAACUGUGUUCAGGCUGUGCACCAUCUUGGUGCGUAUACUUCUGGAGGUCCUGGAAUUCACAUUUUUGGACUCAAUAAAUCCGAUAAUCACGCCAAAAAAUCUUUUCGUCAUUCUAUGUUCAGUUACUAUUCCCCAUUAUUAGUAGUAUUUGUGGGCUCGAAAGUUGCAUUAUCGUGUCCACUGGUA